UUGAAAUAGAAACGCGACUCAGAAACUUGAACGGGGAGGUUAAAGAGUAACGCAUCGGAAAGGCACACAACUACAAACCUUAGACCGGUAAAAUAUUAUUGCAAUGUUAACAUAUAAAAAUAGGAACUUGCUCAAAUUAUUCAAAACGCAUAAAGUCGAAAAAAAUUCGGGCUAACAUUCAAGCCAACACAAAAAGAAAAUAAGCACUCGAAUAAAGAUUCCAACAUUGCUUUAAAUAACACUCUGUCAACACAGAAUUGGAAUAUAUUUGCCAGAAGUCUUCAGAAGAGUAGUAAUACCACGCACAUAUAUGUGGGCUUUGUGGUUAAUAUAUUUAAGCGGACUGGGAGUCUUGCUGUUAAUAAGUGCGAAGUCUAUAACGCACAUCUCUGAUUCGGAUGAAUGGCAAAAUGUCAAUCAAACGUGCUUAACACGUGCGUGCGAUAAAACCGUCAAUAUACAACAUUUGGAGAAAUUACGGAGCUAUAUGCGUCCUGAAGUAGAUCCAUGUGAAGACUAUCAUCAAUAUGCAUGUGGCAAUUGGCGUAAAAUUCAUCCAAAUGGCACAACAAUGAUAAGAAGGGCGGAUGAUCUUUUAACAGAGAAAUAUGUUAAGCUAUUCGAAGAUGCCACAAAUCAUACACUGUGGCAAGAACGUGAUAUUGUCUUCGAAAAAUUGGUGAAAUAUUAUCAUGUAUGUAAAUCAAGUGAACAAGUAGAACCCCUUAAGCUACGUGGUUACUAUGAUAUUCUCCAUGCCAACAGUAUGUGGCGUCUUCAAGGGUAUAACUGGCAGGCUGCUUUAGCCGAAUUCGGGCGUUAUGGAUAUAAGAAAGAAUUCAUGCAAACACAAGUGAAGCAGGCAAAUGCUACUAGCCAUCGCAUGCAAGUUGUAUCCGACAGCGUCGAAAAGAAACUAAACUUAACAAGCGAAAUUUUUGAUAUACUCGCCGAUUAUACGAAAUUGGACUUUGAUACGCUUAAAAACGAAUUUCAAAAAUUGGAAACAGAUUUUGACAAUCUAGUUAAUAAGACACGUGCCGGCCACACUGAAGAAUUUAAUGAUAAUUUACCACUAGUUGGGUAUACCUUAACUGAGUUAAAAGAAGAAUGCCCAGAAAUUGAUUGGCAACUCUUUCUAGAUAUACAAAUGGGGCGUCCAAUAUUAGGCACAGAACUGAUUUGGAUUUAUGACAUGGAGUUAUUAAAAAAUUACGCUAAGUACCUUCAUCAAGCCGACAAUAGCUUAAUGUUCCUGUACACGGUGGCUGGUUACCUCAGCUAUUUACGACGUCAGUCUCACGGUAUUUUAAGUUUGGGCGCCAACAGCAAUAACUGUAUACGGCAUAUGCGCAAGAAUAUUUACAUACCGAUGACUUAUGUCUACGAGCAUGCAUACUACGGCCAUAAGCGCGCAGAAAGCGAUCCGGUUAUAAAUUUCAUAUUCAACCAGUUAAAGCUGGAAUUUAAACGCACACUUGAAAUCAACAAAAUGCAAUUCUCGGCGGAAGUACUGACGUAUCUGCAAGAUAAGCUUACUACGUUGCAUCUAAAUUUAGGAAAUUUGCCUGUGAAUGUGACUAAGCAGUUUUACGUCGAUUAUAUACACAAUUUGAAUGUAAGCGAGAGCUUCUAUAGAAACCAUUUGCAAGCACUUGAGCAUUUCUACAUACAUCAGCGUCAUCUAGCCGAUAUGAAGGAAACCGAACACAUCAAUCCCUGGUAUACAUUCAAUUACCAAGAACCUGAAUUUCCAGACUCGCUAGAUGCCACACCACAUUAUUUCUGCCUCAGCAAUAUGAUCAUCAUACCGCACGCGUAUUUACAACGUCCUUUUUACCACCAACAGUUCUGGCCAGGCUUACUUUAUGGCGACUUGGCAGCAACUCUGGGACACGAGCUAUUACAUGCGUUCGAUAAUGAGUUCUUGGAGUAUGAUCAUAUGGGUAACUUAAGUGAUAUGGAGCAAGUUAUUGUAGAAAAUUCUAAUUUCAAGAAAAAUCUUGAUUGUAUAGAGCAGGAUACAGAGUUUGUAUCGGAGCGUAUUGCUGAUAUCAGUGGCACACGUUUAGCACUUAACACAUUUUUGCGCAAUCCAACAUUUCUACAGCAUAAUGGCAAAAUAUUCUUUCUUCAACUUGCGCAGUUCUUCUGCGGUUCUAUGGAUUCGACUACUUUUCACCUAGAGGAUCCAUACCAUGAUGUAGACAGUUUACGCUUGAAUUACAUGUUAGCCAACACACCAGAGUAUGCAAGAACGUUCAACUGCCCGAUUGGAAGUCCUAUGAAUCCGGCAGUAAAGUGCGAGUUGUGAAUAUUUAUUUGAAUCACGGAUUGUUGAUAAAAGGUAUAAUUCUUGUUCUGAACUUCGCGGACGGACAGACGUAAAAUGUGCCGAAAUGCAAAGUUUCGGAUUCAGUUGAACAAAUAAAUCCAUCAGUUAAACGUAUGUACGUAAUAUUUCCACCGAAAA